GGAAGAGGAAGCCGGGCGGUUUAAUCUGUUUUAGAAGACGCUGGAAGACCCGCGUGUGCCGCAAUAUAUUAAAAAGACAAAAAUGACUAAAGCUAAAAAGGAAAAAACUACAGGUGAGGAGGAGGAGGAGAGCACCGGGACCGAGAGAACCUACCAGCAGCUGAUUACAAACCUCAACCCAAUUGCCCAGCCACUGGCCUCCAGGAAAGUCACAAAGAAGAUUUAUAAAUGCAUUAAGAAAGCAUCCAAGUUGAAGCAGAUAAGACGGGGCGUGAAGGAGGUGCAGAAAUUCAUCAAUAAGGGCGAGAAGGGGAUUGUGGUGUUGGCAGGAGAUACCCUACCAAUAGACGUUUACUGUCAUGUACCAGUGAUGUGUGAAGAGAGGAACCUCCCCUAUGCAUACAUUCCAUCCAAAGUGGACCUGGGGACGUCUGCUGGUUCCAAGAGGCCGACCUGUGUGAUUAUGAUCAAGCCACACGAGGAGUACCAGGAGGCCUAUAAUGAGUGCCUGGAGGAGGUGGCUUCGCUGCCCCUACCUGUGUAAACGCAGACCUUUUUUUAUUGAAUACCCGGACUGUAUUGCCUUUAACCUCGGGAAUCCUCAAUGUCCAGUAGCUCACGUGCGCCUUACUGCACUUCACUGGCCCAGUUAAAACCCCUUAACCAGUCUGCGUGAAAAUGCCUUAUGCGAUGCAGAGCGCUUUGCAUGCUUUGGGGAAGCUGUGUCGAGGAUCCCAGGAGUAAUAAAAUACUACCACUGGAGUAUUUAAUUUCACUUCAUGUGUCAUUGAGUAAUAGUUUCUUUUUCAGUAUUUCUAAAUUCAGAGCAAGAGCUGAUGAAUUUCAUUGAAGUUCUGUAACUUUUUUUUUUUAAAUCAUUAAUUUUACUGACAUUGGUUUUAAUGCAGAAAUGUUUUGUUUAUUGCAAUAAACCAGGUUAAUUUCCA